GGGAGGGCCGAUUUGCGACGGAGGCAGCGGGUCCGGGUCGGGGGACCUGAGAGGGAGCCGAGAGGUGAUCACCGCAGCGCUGCGCCAGGGACCGCGCGAUUCCUCCCCCACGCAUCUGGCCAGCGUCCCUGGGCCGCGGCACCGGAUCCCGGCGGGGGUGUGGACCCAGGGCCCGCUCUCCCCGGCGCGGCCACGGGCCCCCAGCGUGCGAGCGCCUAGGGGAUGCCGAGCUGCUCAAGAUGAGGAGGUGCGCGGGGCCGGGGCGGAGCGCUCGCGUUCCCUGCGUGUGAGCCCCCACCCAUCCCCGGCGCCAGCGCUUCCCCGACCACUUGGGUUCGGCUAUGCGGGAGCCGUGAGGAGGAGGCUUGCAGUCGUGGACCUGAGACCUCGGGAGGUCAUGCUGGCUUGCUUUUAAGUGGCUUGGGGAAAGUGAAGAAACCCCAAAAUGGAGGACUUUGCUACCAGAACCUACGGCACCAGUGGCCUGGACAACAGACCUCUGUUUGGGGAGACGUCCGCCAAGGAUCGAAUCAUCAAUUUAGUUGUUGGCAGCUUAACAUCCUUAUUGAUUCUAGUAACGCUGAUAAGUGCUUUUGUUUUCCCUCAACUACCUCCAAAACCGUUGAAUAUAUUCUUUGCUGUCUGCAUCUCUUUGAGUAGUAUUACUGCCUGCAUACUUGUAAGUACUGUUGAGAAUUUAAACAGUGUUCUUGAGGGUUUAAGUUGCAAUGCACAGGACAAAAAUUUUCAGCCUUGGGUCUAUACAAAAGGGUAUCUCUUAAUUAUAUCCUCAUCCUCCCCCUAAAAGUACGUUAGAAUUCUCAGUAAAAUCUGAGUCUUCUCCUUUUCUCCUAAAUCCCAAAGUUGUAACCCCAAAGAGAAAUUCCACUCCCUUGAUAGCUUAAAAAAAAAAAGAAUUAGUGGGAAGACGUAGGUGGCCAAAGAUUUUAAUUCACUUAAUUCAUGUUCACUCAAGGACUAUAUAAGGGCCAACAGACUUUGGGAAAUGCCAGUUACUGCUAAGGGAAGAGAUAGAGCACUCUGGAUUUAAUUCUAAUUAUUACAAAAUUAGUUCAGUUUAAUCUACAUGUUUGUCUCCCACAGUGGAGGUAUUAACACCAAAACCUCCUCGGAAAUCUAAAGCUGCAGUUGUUGUAAAAAUGUUUGAUUUACUGCAAAUGUUUCUUUUAUGGUAAAGAAACAAAGAUGGUGGUGGCUUCUCAGUGUUCAAUCAAUCAUUCAUUAGUUGGCUACAUUGUUUCAUGUUCCUUUAGAGGCAGAAUCAAAUGAAAAAACAAUUCAUGGUAAUUUGCUUGAGUUAAAAUUAAACCAGGAGACAUCUCCAAGUGUUCUAAUUCACUGAUCCUGCUAUAUACUCCCAUGACCUGAAAAAGAACUAGCCCAUCCCACUUUGGGAGCUUUCCUGUUCCCCUAGCUUGAAGCCUAAAGUGACUAACAAUGAAUUAGUUUAAUCCAAAUAUAUUAUGGAAGCCCUAUUUUGCAGUCUGAACCAAUUGUAUGAAUCAUACGAGUCUAAAUGUUGUCUUCCUUUCCUGUUAAGUAGUAUGCCCAGAUAUAUGUUCUUGGAUAGCUUGCCAGAUGACUGGUGGAGUAUACAGGUGUGAAUAUAGAGGAAAGUAAACUGAGAAAGUAGGAAUAAGUAUGAUCUUGGAUGUGGAAACUCAGAGUAAGAAUUAAAUUCUGGCUGCACUGGUCUCAGGAAUGUAGAGACCUAAGAAUAUGGAGAAUGUCUGUCUCAUUUGGGGGAAUAAACAAAUACUAAUGAAAUUUGAAAUUGGUAGAGAAAAUGUUAUACUUUAAAUUUUAAUUGUUUAUAAACUUUAAUUCUUCUUCUUUUAGAUCUACUGGUAUCGACAAGGAGACUUAGAACCGAAAUUUAGAAAGCUAAUUUACUAUAUCAUAUUUUCUAUCAUCAUGUUGUGUAUAUGUGCAAACUUGUACUUCCAUGAUGUGGGAAGGUGAGGCUGCCAAGAAGUACUUACCAGGACUCUUCAAAAUGAUACGUUAGGACAGUGAGUAAUUUUUGGAUAAGGUAUGCUGAAGAAUCUCCUGCAGAAGUCUGAUACAUGAUUUUCAUGUUAAUUGUAAAUGUUAAUUCCCUCUUGCAAGGGAGACAUAUCCUAGAUCACUUUGCUUUUUCUUUAAGGAGCCUUUGCUUUUUCUUUAAGGAGCUGAUGUUGCACUUAAACAUUCCAACCCUUAAAGCUAAAACAGCACAAAAAAAUUUCACUUUUGAAAUGAAAUUUUUAUAACUGUAUGGCAAAAGGCUAUGUAAAAACAAAUCUUGCAUUUUAAGACAAAUAUUCUUUUAUUUCUGUUAAACUGAAUAUACAAUUGUUCCCUAGGCAACCAACUUUUGCUUAUAACUACAAUUUAAUUUCACGUUGACAAAACAGACAGUGAAAAGACAACUUUGUGAAGAUCUAAUUACAAUAAUAAAUAAAAUAAUUUAUACAAGG